AUAUACAUUUGGUGCUUUAUUGUUUUCGUUCUAUUAAUGGAUUCCAUCGCUUCUGCGCGUAAAAUUAAACGUAAAGGUGCUUAUUUAUCUCAAGCUACCGGUCCAUCUUCUUAUGGCAGUGAGCCAUACAAAUAUGAAGAGAUUCAUAGCGUAGAGUAUGCCAACCAUCAACCAUACUCCGAGCAUUACGAGUACGAAUCUGCUCAACAGACUACCUUAUCGAAUACUUAUUUAAUGGAUAAUGGUUUGCGUAGCAUAGCCAAAGGUUCCGCUGAUCAGGCCAACUCAGCUGUGGCUUCACAGAAUGCUGCUGCUAAACAAGCAGCAUAUGUAGCAAAAAAUACUUUGGCCCAUGCAGCUUCUCAAGCAGCCAAUACGGCCGUAGCCGUGCUUAAAGGUAAAGAAGUUCUAUUGCAACGUUUAGAAGAACAACUUACUGAAGCACACAAAACAAUGCAAAGUGAAUUACAACAACUGCAGCAAGCUAAGCGUUCAGCCCAAGCUGCCCAAUAUGCUGCAGAGCAAGCAAUUAAUCAUGUCUCCAUAUUGACAGCUGCUUUAAAUAAUGCUCAAAGUGCCUCAGAACUAGCACAGAAAGCCGCAUCAGAAGCUGCAGGCGAACUAGCUUCACAAAUCGAUAUGGUCGCACAGGCUAAAAAGAAAGUAGAAGCGAUAGAAACUCAACUAUAUACAACGCGUUUAGAUUAUCAAGAGACCAAAGAUGCGGCUGAGAAAGCAACGUUUUCAGCCCAAGCAGCGCAACACAAUGCAAAUGAUGCAGCGUUGCACGCUAAUGUUGAAUUAAGUGCCAGUUCUGGUGGAAGCUUGCAAGCGCUCCAGGAUGUCGGUGAACAUCAUGCGAUUAUAAAACGUACUGACAAACAUGGCAGAGACAAACUUUAUGGCGCAUAA